CGCGCAUUCCGUUCGAAGUAUCUGCAGUACAAUGGCGGUCCUCUGGAGCUCUGCAGUUCUCUGUGACGGGCUCCGCCAUUUUGAGAAUCUCUUAGGGAAUGCAUAAGUUUCAGAAAUUCCUUCGCAGUUUCUCUGCAGGCGGAAGAAACCUCUACGAAAUCCGACGACAGUCGGUAAUUAUCUGAAAAAUAAACACAUCUCCCCGAAGUCUCUGUAUCCUAAGGUGUGGUAAGUGAAAGAGCAUGGCCCCGUCCGCCAUCGACCUCGUUCUGCAGCGGCUUCAUAGUAACCACGAAGCCGCUGCAGAGACAGGACCCUUCAAUAAGAAAUCGGCCGAUGGCCCAGUGUCCCCAAAACCGGAACCUCCUCCUGCCCCUUUGGCUAAUGAAGUGACCACCUCCGUGGCUUCGGCCGUGUCGAAUAUUUCGACCGAAGCUGCAGUUGUCACGGAGAAUCCGGUGGAACUGAUAAUGGAGGACAUUGCUGUUAAGACACACGUUCCUGUGUGGGGAAUUAUCCUCAUACUCAUCGGUAUCGGACUGCUGCUAGUCUGCAUCUGUUGCUGUUGCCUUCGGAGAUGGUGCAAACGAAGGAAGAAGGACAAAAAGGGUGGAAAGGGCGGAGUGGAUCUCAAAGGCAUGGGCUUCCUUGGAGACGCUUACAAAGAAAAAGUUCAACCAGAUGAAGAAGAUCUGCAAGAUAACAUGGAGGAUAACGAGGGUGAAAAGGAAAGUGAAAAGUCUGAAGAGAAACUUGGCCGAUUGCAAUACAAGCUGGAUUACGAUUUCAAUUCCAACAACUUGGCGGUAACGGUCAUUCAAGCUGAAGAUCUUCCCGGGUUGGACAUGUCUGGAACAUCAGACCCUUAUGUCAAGGUUUAUCUUCUUCCCGACAAGAAGAAGAAGCACGAAACUAAAGUGCACAGGAAAACCCUCAACCCAGUCUUCAAUGAAACAUUUAACUUCAAGGUACCUUUUGCCGAGAUCACCUCCAAAACACUGGUCUUUGCCAUAUUCGACUUCGAUCGUUUCUCUAAACACGACCAGAUCGGGGAGGUGAAAAUCCCGCUUAACACCGUGGAUCUGGCACAAACAAUUGAAGAAUGGAAAGAUCUAACAAGUGUGGAAGGAGAGCAAGGACAGGAAAACAAGUUGGGAGACAUUUGCUUCUCUCUGCGAUACGUACCGACAGCCGGAAAGCUUACUGUAGUCAUUCUAGAAGCUAAGAACUUGAAAAAAAUGGAUGUCGGUGGUUUAUCUGAUCCUUAUGUUAAAAUCGCCAUUAUGAUGAAUGGCAAGCGAAUUAAAAAGAAGAAAACGAGUAUCAAGAAGUGCACGUUGAACCCUUAUUACAAUGAAUCCUUUACGUUUGAGAUCCCCUUCGAACAGAUACAGAAAGUGCAGCUGGUGAUAACGGUGGUCGAUUAUGACCGUAUUGGAACGUCGGAUCCUAUUGGGAAAGUGGUGUUAGGAUGCAAUGCAAGCGGCACUGAGCUCCGUCAUUGGAUGGACAUGCUUGCAUCUCCUCGACGACCAAUUGCACAAUGGCAUUCGCUCAAAGACCCUGAAGAAGGGCAAGAUAACUAAGGAGAUGGAAACUUCGAAGGGGAUACAAUAUUAUUUAAUCCAAGCACAACUUUCAGAACAUCAAAUUUUCGGAUUGCCUGUGAAAAAAAAAUAUUAAAGAUGAACUAACUCUUGUAUGUCCAAAAAAAAAAAUACCUAGAAAUAUAUUAAAGAAAUAUAAAUAUAUAGGGUUGAACGUAGAGUUUGUAAAUAGCUAAUAGCUAUAUACAUGCUUUCACAUUGACACUUGUCUUCGAAGAUGCUGUAUAUGUAAUAUAUAUAUCAUGACAAUAAUGUACUUAUUAGUUGAAACUGUUCAUUUUCAUCAAUCGUUUUUUAUGUUUGACAUUUGCUGUAGUUGAAAUGCAAAAUCAAAGUGUUUGUUUAAAACUGCGGAAUAUUAAUGUUCACUAAAUUUUAACGAUGUUGCAUAUCACAUGUGUACCUUUCAAGUUGGAUUUUUAUUCCUAAUAUUUAGAUUUGUGGUAAAAUGAUAAAUAGUGUUAAAUGUUGAAAAAAUAAACAAAUCUGACUUCGGUUUUGGCGCUGUGUUGGCCACAGCCACUUGUGAAAGUCAGAUUCUUCUGUGUUCUUCGGUGAUGAACGGUGUCGGAUUUAGUGUUGGAAAAAGCCAAAAGGCACAUUGUUAUACAACUGAAUAAUAAUAAUAAUAAUAAUAAUUAACUGUUGUUGAUGUCCGCUGAAUAUGUAUAUCCAUUCCCUGACUGAUUUUUGAUUACGGAUUUUCAGAAUGAGAUUUUUAAGUUUUUUCCCACUUACACUUGGGCUCGUUUCCUCAUUUUUAAAACUGAAUGUGGAAAAACGGUGGUAAAAAAAUUGAUAAAAAAAUUACAGAGAAAAAUAACGACUUGUAUAAAUUUUCUAAUGACCCAUCGGAAAAAAAAAAAGAGGAUGGCGAUUUUUUUGAUAAUCAACUAAUAUUUCUACUAUAAAAGGAUCAGAAAUGAAAAUUUGAAAAAAAAUGCUCAUCCAAAAAAGAUAAUAAGGGAGAAUUAUCUAUCGUCUAUUUUUCAAUGCAAACCUGAUCUCAAAUAAUCAUUUCGAAAUAUUCUCGAAAUGAUCAUGUGAUCAAAUUCAACGAUUUUCAUAGGCUUCUCAUAGAAGGUUAUAUUUUUAAUUUAACCUCUAAUAGCUUGUAGAUAAAAGAAAAACAAAAAAAAAUUAGCUAUGAACAUCGUGUAACGAAUGCAGGUUCAAACUGUGUCCAAGACUCAUAAACACUUAAAUCCGGCACUGGUAAAACGGUUGAGAUUUAUAUUUCCAGAUAACUAAGUGACGGCAGUUUGAAUGACAUUUGUUAUCACAGCACUAAUAUUUAUGUUGAAUUUACAGAGAAGCGUGUUGUUUUUGAUCACUUAGGUACUUAAAUGGAUUUUUUUUGGUGUACAGCCGUUUAUCGGCUUUCAAAUGCACUCUAUUAUUGUCUCUAGUGAUGAGCUCCUAUACAAAUAACAAUUGGUCACGUGUCGUGGAUAUAAAAAAUUUUGCGCAAGCGCAGUUAUUGAACUGAUUAGAAGCAAACGCUUUACUCUCUUAUUUCAAAAGUCACCAUUUUUUUAAAAACUCUCGAACAACGAACGUGAGACCAAUUCCUUUUGUCGAAAUCUUUCGACUAUUUCUUCUUCUAUAUCAAAUAUAUAUUACUAUAUAAAUAAUUCUUAGACUUAUUGAAGUAAAAGUACAAUUUAUUAGUGUCAAAAGAGAAGGGCUGCACUUUUGUAGACAAAAUGCUAAGGCUUAUACAAGGGGCAUAAUGCCAGCAUUUGAAGAGUCUAUAUAGUGCGUUCGGAAUCUUUAAAAUUUCAUUAAAAACUGGAUUACAGAAAAAUUCCGGACAAGAUAGAAAUGCGAGCAUUAAACUAAAUUAAUUCAUUGAAACACACAAGAAAAUCAAAAUUUAGAUUUUAAAAAAAUUUAGAGUGAAAAGAAAAUAAAACUAAAUGCAAAAUUUUGUUGUCUAGCUCGCUGGAAAAAAAUUUAGUGCUGCAAUGCUUACAAAUUUAGUGCUGUGUCGAAGUUGCCCUUAUUUCCAGCCCUAGCUCUGCGAAAUCUCUGUCUGGAUUUGUUGCAGCCCUUACACCAUUCAAUUUUUCUUCUUCUGAUAUAUAUAUAUGAAAAAUAUACUAUAUUAGUAGGAAUAUUUCGAAAUGCAAAUUCGAGAAUUGAUAGUUUUUUGAACUAAUCGGGCGAAUUAGAAAUACGAGAGCAAAAUAAUCUGCAUCGUGAAAACUGCGCACGUCAAGUUUCUCUCUUUAACUCUCUAUAAAAAUCAUUCUGAAUACUCUAUCAAAUUCUCGUAGCAUGUGUAAUAUAAAUAAUGAUAAUAAUAAUAACUCAGUUGCUUUUCCAGUGUCUUUUUCAUUGUCUCUAUCGCGCAUGGGCAGUGUGACAGAAAAAAUGCAUUUUGUUUUGGGCUUCAGUAAGAAUGGGAUUGUAAAAGCUGAAUAUGUCUAUUCUACAAACUGUGAUUAUAUUAUAGUACUACUUUUUCUCAUGUUUUAACCACAGCCCAUUGAAUGGUCAAUGAUUGAAACAAUUAUUGUGUGAAUAUUAAUAUGGAACUCUCUUGUUAAUAUUUUCAGUUGAUACUCACAAAUAAAGUAACAACCAGAAUCAAUAGA